UUACAUUGUCUCUCUAUAUCUCAGUUGUCUAUCGUAUUUCGUGCAUUAUCAUGAAGUACAAACAGAUGCUGUCCAAACAUAUUAAUCUUGAGACACGGCAACACAUGGACUUGAUCUCUCUAAAUCACACGACAAUCGACAGCAACAAACAGUCAUUACAACUGGAAUGCCACACAAACUCACUAUUAAAACCUACCGAAAGUCUAACUUUAAAUCAUCCAUUACAUCCUUCGAUUACUCGUGUUACGGAGUCAUUAGUUUUUGUAACAGAAAAUAAAUUAAAGGGAGAUAUUCGGGCGUUUACUACUCAGAAUACCGAAACUAGUAUUUUUCAAGUGAAUGCAGGUUCACAAUCACCAUCACGUAACUCAAAUAUAACUAAUAAAUGUCAGAUAAAAUUAAACACUUUAUCAAAUCCUCCUAAAAUUAGAAAAAGAGAACCUUACAUCCCAAGUUAUAUGGAUCCGUUAGCUGGCCCUGAACCUUGUGUUGUUUGUGGUGAUAACGCAACUGGAUUUCACUAUCGUGCUAUGACAUGUGAAGGUUGCAAAGGAUUUUUUCGACGUUCAGUACAGAAAAAAUUGGUUUAUACUUGCAAGUUUCAAGGUCACUGCUCUGUAUCUGAUAAACAAAAUCGAAAUAGUUGUCAAAAAUGUCGCUUUGAUAGAUGCAUUAGCGGCGGGAUGGCUAAGGAUCGUAAGUAA